CCAAACAUUGAAAACACUCAAACGGCAUUUCCUUUUCACCGUUCAACUCUCGGCUCUCUCCUUCUACUCACUUUUCCGGCCGCCAAACCACCAUCUUUCGGCUGCCAAACCACCGGAUGCAACCACCAUUAGCCUCGCCUCCUUCCCCUCUACAAUCUCCAACUAACCAACAGCCACAAAUCAACACGAAGCAACAGAAAAUCCAGCCCACGAAUGUCACAACCCCUUUUCCGCCGGAAUAUCCACCUCCGACGAUGCCCACGGUCGCGCACCACCAACACUCGAUAGCCCUCAUCCAGGCGAACAAUAUCAUGUCCUAACAUCAACCAAUAAUGCACCAUUUCAUUCUAAUGUGAAUCAAUCAAACAUGGCAGUCGCGAAUCAAACCUGCCUGCUUCGAUUUGUGUUUUUGGGGAUUGGCACCAGUCGAUUGGCGAAAGUCGAGUAUUAGGUAUGUCUCUACAACCAUGGAUAAUACUUUAAUUUCAUCAAUUCAUGCAGAAAUCUUCGUCGGAAUGGGAGUUUUCUACCGUUCUAAUGUCUCGCGAUUGGCCUCUUUUGAGCCGAAAUCCUAGCCUAUUCGGCCGGAGUUAAGGCCAGCUAUUGGGUCGGGUGCGUGGAUGACAUUGUGGGCUUCAAGUUGCUGCUAUGAUCCGGUGGUCGGAAAGUGAUGUUUUGGAGGUGGUGGUAUUGAGAGUGAAAAAGAGAAGCGGAAUGGGAGUUUUCAAAAUUUUUUGAACAAAACACAUUUUCUAAUUUUUAUGUUUUUCAGAUUGAGAAACCAAACUUGUUUUUCAUAAUCUCAAAAAUGAGGCCUCAAACAGAAAAUGAAAAAUGAUUUCAGAAAAAAUAGAAAACAGAAAUGCAAACAGAAAGCCUCCUAACCUUUUAAGCGUCGAAGCUUUCCUUCUCCUUUUCCCCUCCCGCCACGAAUUUUCCUUCCUUCGCAAUACCGGAUAAUUGAUGGUUCAUCCGAUUUCGGCAGAUCCUAAAAUGCUUUUGGCUGAUUUCAACUUCUGCAAACGCGUACAAUUUAGUGAUGAUUCUGAAGAAAAAUUACCUCUUGGAAUCCCAUGUUUGAUGAAUAAAGUGGGAUUAGUGGAAGGAGCGCUCCCGAGAUAAUUCAUGACCUUCAGUUCAGUCUUAAGUGCGGAAGCACUUGAUAGUCACUUGACUGCUGUACAGAGGGAUCAUGAGCAUAGAUCCCAAAUAGAAGAAAGAAGAAUAAGAGAUGAUGCCGUUCGAGAAGAGGUUAAACGAAAGGAAAAGGCAAAGAAAAAUUGUUGCUAGGAAAGAUUAAAGCAGAAGAAGAGUUGAUGCAGGCAAGGCUAAAAGCUGAAAUAGAUGAAAAGGCUAAAAAAGCACUGGAAGCUGAGGAAAGAGCUGCUCAAGAAGCUGCAAUGAAAAUUACUGUAGAAACUAAAACAGAUUCUGCUACCAUGACUGUAGUUGAUUCUAAGGAGACUGUUGGACAAUCCGCAGUGGCCGGAAAUGAUUUUAAGAAAGAAGUCCAAUUAUCAGGUAUAUGUGUGUUUGUGUGUCAUUGAGAAGAGAGAGAAAAAUUUGACCCUCGUCUCUUUUCUUAUGUGCGGUUUCAACUAUCAAAUAUGGUGGCUGGAAAUAUAACCAAAGCUGCACGAAAUGCUCUAGAAUUGGAGGAAAGAAGAUUGCUGACUUAUAAAGAAUAUCUGCAAAAAAUGAGGCUAUACGAUUGAGCACUAAUAAGGUAAAUCAUUAGAGAAAUGAUGGCAGAUUGAGUUCUGAAGCUCUGGCAUUAGAUUGUUUUAACUCUGUAAUGAUAAAUUGUGAAUAUAUUUUUGCUACGUUCUCCUCAUUUUUAUGUUUUAUGUACUAAAACUUCUCAACAUGCAACUAUUCAUCAAACAAAUUUAGAGCACAUAGGUUGUGAUGGGUGGAAAUUAGUUGUCAUGCAAGAGGUUAGUUGUUUUUAUCCUUAACGUUCUGUAAUCUGGGUUUGUUGUGCAGCGUUGUUCAUUUGAUGUAUGGAUGUCGUUCUUCUGGAAUCUUACGAUAAUUUUCUUGCUUAUAUAAACUAUCAUUGACAAUUUGUUUGUUCCAGCAGGAUUAUCAUGGACAUGGACAGCAUAUUGCGAGACAAAUCAAAAGAAUCUCUGCAUCAAUAGAAAAUAACAAAAGCAGAUGCGUUAGUAAAGCUAAUUAAUAGUCCAGAAUGUCCCCAAUCCAUCAGUAUCCUAAUGUUUGCAGAGAAGGUUGUGUCCCAGAGUGCAAAUCCUCAAAAAAGCUUCAGUGGUAUCGCUUUUGCUUAUAGUCGUUUCAUUGUUCUUGUGACAUCGAAGAUCCCUCUUGCCCCGGAUAUUCUUCUAGCUGAGUUGAACAGAGCUUGCAUCUACACUGUACCAAAGCAUAUAAGUUACUUUGUGGCACGUUUUAAGACAAAAGAUGCUUACUACAAAGUCAUUGGUUAUGAGGAAAAAGAUGGGAAGAUUGAUAGUACUGAUAGUUAUGUAGAAAGGUUAACUUCAUACAUGAAACUAUAUGGAGCUCUAGUUCAGACUGAAGUUAACGGCUUUCAAAACCUGCAUGGACUUAGAGAAGGCUGGGCAUGGCUUGCCAGAUUCUUGAAUGCUCUCCGGGCAAACCUGUAUACUGCUGUUGCUUUGCAAUCAUUUCUUGAGAUGGCUGGAUUUGCACUUUACAGGAGAUACAGAACUCAGUUUGAGAAGUUGCUUAACAUCAUUGCUCGUGAUUUUCUCAACUCGCUGAAAGAAGGCGAUCCAGAGUUGAACGCGAAGUUGAACAAGGUCAUAGUGAACAUUCGUCAUUACAUGGAGUCAAAAAAGUUCAAGGAAGAACCUGAUGAACUGCAAUUGAAAAGCCACCUGGAUUCAAGUUCUUAUUUCUAAUGGUGAUCAGUUGAUGCUUAAGCAGUUAAUAUGCAGUCGGUCCAAUGGAGAGGCUAGGAGCUCCAGCAAUUUUUAACCGUUGCAAGAAUCGAGCGGACCAUGCCGUCUAUGUUUACCAUUAUUAACUUCCACGCGAGCUGAAAAGGAUGACAUAAUAAUUGUCAUAUGUGCUGAUGACCCCGAGUUUCGCCAUUAGUGUCAUCUGUAUUAAAGGUGUAAUGUGCCAUAUCUUCAAUUUAUCUUUAUCAAGAAGUACAUAACGUUAACACGAUCUUUUUGUUGGUGGCCAGACAAUUACAUUAAGAUUGGACCUCUUGAAUCCUACUGCCCACUAUCGGAACAGAACCUGAAAUAAAAUUACAGGGAGGGAGUACUUACUGCUUAUGUUUGCACCAUUUGCCACUCACAGAUCUAAUUAACCCUCAAAUUUGGAGGAUGUUCGAAUUUGGACUUCUCAUACAAACGUGUGGAGUGGUAAGACAUGCAGUGUUGAGGAGCUACAAAAUAUGUUUUGGGAGAUGGCUCAAGGAUAUGAGUUUCCUCAAUGCGAGUUCUCCUCAACAAUUCACGUAUGAGUGGCAAUGAUGUUCUGGACACGACCUUUAUAGUUCCAGAACUACACUGGGAAGUUCGUUGGAAGUAAGACUACACAGGUCUGCCUUUGAAAUGCAUGCUGUAAAUAGGUUUUGCCAGUUUUCAAAAUGUAUAUGCAGGGUCCUAGCAAGAAUUCCCUUUAUAUUUUUUCGUGGAUAUUAUUGUUUAUCUUAACGAUUUGAGAGGAUUUAAAUUGAAGGGCGUUGUAUGUUUUUGUUCUCUUUGUAUAGUUUUGGGUCUGUAAAAUGUGUGGAGUGUACUUUACAUUUCUCUUUUGACUGUACUAUUUUAUUUAUUUA